AGGCCGUUACCACAUCGACUGACUCGACUUACUCUGAAAUCAAGAUCUCAAAGACUCAGCCAUCCACAGCAGAGCUGUCUGAGGAUCCUCAACAAGCUGUGGUGAGCAAAGGGUCAAAGGUCACCUCAGAGAGAGUGGUCCUGGUGGUUCUCAGUGUUCUCCUGGCAGCUGCUCUCAUUGCUCUGUGUUUUACCACAUUUGAUAAAAGUAGAACUAACCAACUAACGAAGUGUGAAAGUAAUCUCACAGAGACUCUCUCUAAGAUAAAAUCAUGCAUCACGGUGCAGCCGACCUGUCCAGUACCUAAAGUAAUAGAUGAUCCUUGUUAUAAAUGUGAAGAAGGCUGGGAGCAACAUGGAGGAAAGUGCUAUUACUUCUCCAUCAGUAAAUCAUCCUGGGAACAGAGCAGAGAGGAGUGUAAAGCUAGAAGAGGAGACCUGGUUAAGAUAGAGAGCAGAGAGGAGCAGAGGUUCCUGGAGAGAAGACUGAGAGAUGUAAUGACUAAACCUGAGGACAAGUUCUGGAUUGGACUGACAGACUCAGCAGUAGAGCGCAGAUGGUUGUGGGUGGAUGGGUCACAACUGGAUCAAAGUUUUUUGAAGUUUUGGAGCAAAGGUGAGCCAGACAAUUGGAAAGGGACAAAUGGUGAACAUCCUGAUGGAGAGGACUGUGUGAGGAUGGGAGAAAGAGGUGGAGCUGAUGAUCUGAAGUGUUGGUUUGAUGCAUUUUGCUCAAAGCCUCACAGAAGUAUUUGUGAGAAAGCAGAAGUAAAAGGACAGUUUAAAAAAGUAUGUGACUGAAAUUCACAUAUGAAACACCAGAAUGAAGUGAUGCAAUUUUUAAAAUAAUGUCACAAACAGAAACAAAAUGAACACAGUAAAA